AUUCAUUCGCAAUCAUUUGUAUCGUGAACUUCUCCGAUGUCUGUGUGCGCUGUCUGUGCUUGAUCAGAGGCAGAGUAGUGAAUGUGUGAAUUUAGCGUGAAUUUUAUUGUGCUUGCACCCUUUCGGUUGCUGAUUGCUUCACUUAAAUCUAUUAAUUUUGGCCUGCUCUCCUAGCGGUGCAGCUGAGCACUUCAGUGCCUAAACCAAAACCGUGAAUGGUGGUUUGGUUUUCGAGGUGUCCUCUGCAAGUUCUUGUGAUUGAGCUCUCCAGAAUUAGUGAUGAGUGAUCAAAACGCGAGAAUAUUGGAGAUUUCUCGGUUACCUGGCAACGAUGUGUGCGCAGACUGCAGGAGCCCACAGGUGGAGUAUGCCUCCUACAACCUGGGAGUGUUUCUCUGCACUACAUGUGUGGGGAUCCAUCGCUCCAUGGGCACACACAUCUCCCAGACACGGCACCUCCGUGUGGACAGGUGGCUGGACGAGAACCAAAUAAUCUUCAUGGAACAGCAUGGAAACGAGGUGUCAAACGCCCACUACGAACGGUACCUACCGGACUGUUACCGUCGCCCGGACGGCUGCGCGCCUGCUGUUCUUCUGGAGCAGUUUAUUCGCGCCAAGUACGAGCGGGAGGAGUUUCUGGAGCCGGCCCGCCAGGUGGGCUACAUGGCCAGCACCAAGAGCGGCCACCUCAUGAAACGGGGACGGGACGCGGCCAAGUUCGAGAUCCGCCGCUUCGAGCUCUCCGAGGCUACCAACACGCUGUCCUACUAUGUCAAAGAGGGGAAGCACCCGAAGCAGACGAUGUCGCUGCAGGCGAUGAAUGUAGCGCUGGUACCGGAGAAAGUCAACCACCCGAACGGCAUGCAGAUCACCUACGUGACGCACGGUACCAUCCGGCACAUAUUUGUGUACCAUAACGACGGCCAGACUACCAUCGACUGGUACAUGGCCAUCAGGAACGCCAAGCUCAACUACCUCCGUGUGGCUUUUCCGGGUCACUCGGCAGCUGAGCUGACGGCUGAUCUGACGCACGACUUUCACCUGGAGGGAUGGCUGCACAAGAUCGGUCCGCGCGCCGGCGACCAGUACCGACGGCGGUGGUUUACCCUGGACGAUCGUCAGCUCAUGUAUCAUGAUCAGCCACUGGACCCGGUUCCGAAGGGUGUCAUCUCUAUCGGGGAGCCGCCGGAGUGGGCGGUGAAGGAAGGAGUGCCGCCCGGAUCUAAAGACCAGGGGUUUUCAUUCACACUGAAAACCCCCGAGCGCACCUACCUACUCUCCGCCCAGACGGCUCAGGAGCGUACCAACUGGAUGCAGGCGAUCACAGAGGUGCUCCGUACACCUCCGACGCCCCAGCAGCGCGCACUGGCCGGGAGUCUGCACCGGAAACAGAGCAGCGGACGCCGAAUACUUCGGUGACCGGGAUCUACCAUCGCGGGAACUCCUCCAUGUCCCCUAUCACCAUCAGUCCUAUCACUCAGAACGGUGGGAGCGGGCAAUACGAGGUCUCGACCGACACAGGACGGGUUGUACAAACUUUGUGCGCUGCUGCAUCCGACGGUCUGAGGCUAUGUCAGGUGAAUACAAGAGUGUGGUUUAACUCAGCCUAGACCCACGACGGGCCGUCGGGCCAGAAGUUCAUCUAUUGGUGUGUGGUACUCAGACAAAUCUACCCGAAACUAGCUCCAUAUUUGUUACCAAGUGCAAUGGUUGGUAGUGCGCUUUGCGCUAUGAAUUGAUCUGAAUUCGAACUGGAUAGAUCUUACUCGUCGUUUCACAGAUGCAUGCCUCAGAUGAGUGCUUAGAUAUUGUCUUUAGUUGUUUUCAUAGUCAUGUGUUAGGUAGUUUUGCGUACCGAAAUGUAUGCGCGCUCCCAAGGUGCGUCCAAGGGACCAAUUUUUCACAAAUCUAUCUGAGAUCAUAGUGUGUCAUGCUUCAUAUCGCACUUAAAAGUUUUGUAUGUUGUUUUGUGUGUUUGCCGUGUGUGCCAUAUUGUAGAGUGAUGUGUUUUUGCUGCGUUUUAUGCCAGUUGUGCCGACUCAAAGUCGUCAGUAUAUCUGGUGACUCACCGCAUAGGUUGGUAGAGCCUUCGACUGACGCAGGUCGUCACAUUUUGCUGUAGGUAAAGUGUACCAUAUACGUCAUAAGGGACCAAACCAAGAGAUUGAGGGCCGUGCUUUCAAUGCCCCUAGUCGCCCAAGGCGAGCCAGUCUUUCCGCGAGUGUCACAAACUUUCUCCCGGAUAGAUGCAGUCGAGCAGAGAGCGAAUUUCAGCCGAAAUCAUAACGUUUUUAACUGCAGAUAUCUUUAUCUGCCACACAUUUCUCCUGGAGGAAGUUAAAUGUUGCGUAAUUCGUGUCUUUUUUAGAUGCUCCCGUGAGUCUGUGCGUUUUUAUCUAGAUAUGAGACCCGUUACAAAAUAUGUGCCAUAUUUGCCUGUCGUCCUGCGUGGGUUAGCUCAUCCAGAAGUGUCGUUGGAUACAUUUGUCAGCGUUUUCUGUCGAAACUUGGUCACUGGUUUUGUGCACAGCAUUCGCUCAAUACGUAACUCAGCAAUACACCAGUUUCGAAGUAGAAAAUGCUAUAUGAAUAUUUUGUGAUAUUCUAGCGCAAUUAUAUCGUUUUGUAAUUUUUUAGACGGAAAUUCACAAAUAUUGACUUGACAAUUGACUUCGGACAUCUUGCAUUUCAAUCUCUUAUCAAAUCAAAGUUGAUCUCUUAUCAACUUUGAUGCGAGUUUUCCCGUGCGAUUAGACAUAAUGAUCUUUAUUCAAAGUCGGGAAGACAAUCCCGAUCCUCUCGACCUGUAUGUUAUGUGGAGCACGGAACGCGGUAUCUGCACCUCCAGUGAGCCCGCCUGGGUCAUCUCACCCCGCCGCCGACAGGGGCGCAUCGAGGCACCCCUCCCGGGGGUGCUCCCGGGGGUGCAAAGGAUAGCAUGGUAGGCCGUUAUUAAUCGACAGCACCACAAUGAAAUUGGGGUGAUAGUCUGCUAUUUCCCUGUGUGAGUUGGAAGCAGUUUGUUUGCCACAUGGUUGGAGGCCGCUUGCUACCAAUAGCGCGUUACCCUCCCUUUUCGGCUCCCUGAGCUCGCCUCUGCCACCGCCCCGGGCAGCGGUCGGGUCGGCGCCGGUCAGGUCACUGCCGCCCCGCGCAGUCCGCCGGCCGCCGCCACCCCGGGCCCGUGUGUCGCGUGCUCGCUCUGCAUUCAGCUGCGAGCUACAACUGGUGUUACGUUUCUACUAGAGGAGCUCCAACCAGUGACCGCCAGACUACCAGUGCUUCUCUGGAGCUGAUUCAUCCGUACUCAGUGAUGAGUUUAGUCGAGGCUAUGACUCUUCUCAGCGGUUCGCUGGGCGACACGGCACGAAUGAUCGCGCACGACGGACCGGCAGCUACCGUAGCCACCUGUCUACUCCUCAAGGCCGGCUUCUUGGCGCUACAUCUCCUGGCUCUGCGUCUACCCGAGUGCUCCCUCCUGGAGCGUCUGGCCCUCCUGCACUGGUCUUUCGACGGCUGGAACGUCUGGUGUCUGGCCGUCUUCGCUCGCACCGGCCGACUUCCCUGGAGUCUGGAGACCUGCGUGCUGUAUCAUGUCCUCGGCUACCUGGUUUACUCCGUGGUUUAUCUACACCUUCAGAGCCGGGAGUGGACGGCUCGUCACGGGGAGCCGUACCCCAUGGGUGAGACUCCCGAUUCUGAGCUGACUGUUCGAGUCAGCGCUGACGACGAGGCAGAGGACGAGGUGGCCGCCACGUCAGAUCCUUUCGGAUCGCCAGACGGCGGGUGGGUGCUUUCCGAGGACGUGCCGGACGAUGAACGAGAGGACACCAUCACCCCAGCUACGGCUCGGACUGGGAGGGACGCCCUCUGUGCCAUCCCAGAGAAUGAACCUGGUACUGUGCCACCGAAGGAGGAUUCCAAAGUAGCGGACAAGAAACCCAUGGAGAAUGGAGGGAAAGAGGUGAAGAUGAACGGCGAGAGACCUACCAAGAGCGGCAGCGUAAUCGAAAAUGGGAGCGGAGAAUCGGCGAAGAGCGGCAGCGGAGGACAAUCUGAGGACUGCACCAGGGGAACAGUGGAGGACUCUUCCUCAGAGCCUGGCGGCGUUCAGCUGUCUCCCACCACCAACCGGCCGUAUCGCAAGCUCGACGCUGCUGGCGAGCUUCUUCCCGGCUCACCUGUCUCCGACGCCCACUACAGAGACAUCACUGAAGACAUAGCUGCCGCUCUGAAGGCCGGAAGACGGGUGGACGGAGCGGAGCGGGAUGCAGACGGCACCGGCUUCAACAAGUACAGUCCGGUGAAGACGGCACGCAUCGGGCCGGCGUCUGGAGGCGGGCGGGUGAGGUUUGGACUGCCGUGUGCUUCUGAGCAAGACGCGGAGGAAGCAGCGAAUGAUGGAGAGAAGGAAGGAGAGCGUAAGCGUGUCGGAAGCGAUGGAGGCGAAGGCGAAGAUAAGAAGACUGAAGCUGGGGUCAACGGAGAUGAGAAAGAUCACAACGGGAUCAACGGAGAUCAGAAGAGGAUUAAUGGAGAUCAUAAUGGGGAUCAUCACGGCCAUGAUGGAGUGAACGGGGAUCGUCACAGCCCUGGCAGCGACAACGGCGAGCGCUAGAAACUGCAGAGAGGCUCUGAGCGGUGCCAAUGUGUCUUGUUAUCCCUAGCCUCUGACUGUUGUGGUGAACCGCCUGUGUCUGCGUUUGCGAGCUAUGUGUGCUAUAGAACGGACGAGCUACAUUACUGCAUUUGUUCUGUCAAACUGAAACGGUUAAUUGUAAAAUGUAAUAAAUUAUGCACGAAUCUCA